AUGGUUCAUAAUCUUUUUACUACAAGAUCACCUUCAACUUCUCCACCAGUUCUCGCUCGAUGGACCAAUGAUUUUGAUGAUAGAAGGGUAUGCUUCAGGCCUAAUACUAGAGGUGUUGCUUUAUAUAUCGCUGGUGCUUUGUUUGGGAUUGGAUGGUUGGGGUUUAUAGAUGCCUUAAUUUAUACUGCUAUCUAUAACGGUAAAGAUGCUGUCUUCUCUCUUAUUUCCCUUGAAGAUUGGAUUUGUGGCAUUUUAUCAACAAUUGGAAUGAUUAU